UCAUUCUCUACCUUGACAUGGAGCCCACGCCGCUAUACCUCAACUGCGAGGUCUGUCUCGGAUCAGAAACCAAACAGCGUGGGUGACAAAGCGCGUUCCUUGACACCACGCGAGCAAAUUUACAAUGUACCAAACAUUCUGACCGCAUCCCGUUUGAUCGCUGCGCCUUUCGUUGGCUAUCUCGUAUUGCACGAACAGCACAAAUGGGCUCUUGCUCUUUUCGCAUAUGCAGGUAUCACUGACUUGGUCGAUGGAUGGAUUGCACGCAAGUACAAGCUGCAGACUGUUGUCGGUAGUGUCAUCGAUCCCAUGGCCGACAAGUUUCUGAUGACCAUCCUGACUGUCACUCUAUCAAUGAAUGGCCUCUUGCCAGUGGCUGCUCUUUAUUGGAGAUACGCAUCUCUGCCAGCGCCAAAGACUUUCAAGCGAUACUGGGACUUCUCGUUGCCAUCCGCCGAGGUGCACCCUACCACUAUGAGCAAGUACAACACCUUCCUCCAGCUGCUGCUCAUCGGUGCCACUCUGGCGUAUCCUGUCAUCACAGCCGACAAUCACCAUCUAGGCAUCAUGCACGAUAUUGGCCUCGAGAAGCUUGACCUCGCCCAAUUCAUGACAUACUUCCAGAUUCUGGUGGCUGGAACCACAGCAUGGAGUGGACUCAGUUAUGCCUUCCUCAAAGAUGCGGUCAAGAUUCUAGGCAAGGAUGAGCAGCUGAAACUUAAGCAGGGAAGAAGAGGUAGAGCGAUCAUCGGCGUCACUUUUGGCAGUGUCGUUGUCGCGGCUGCAUACUUGGCUCUGACCAAGGAUCUGCCAAAGAAGAAGGAAGAGGGAGUCAUUGCG